AUGACGGGCAUCUCGUCGAGCCACGGCCCCCCCGCCAGCACCGAACCAACACCCCGUCCAGAAUUGGAGGUGCAACUGGUCGAGUCUCUCGGAGGCCUCGGGAGCGAUGUACAGGAGCGCGCCAACUCCCUUGGCCCAGACGUAUCGCAGCAGGCCCUCUCUCAACCCCGCCAACCAACCCCGCCAAUCCCUCCAACGCCGCUCCCCGACAUGGGUCACCCUGCCAUUAUUGCCCACUCGCUCGCCAUCGGUGCCAUCCUUGAUUCAAGAGGAGAGCGAGGUAGAUGA